AUGUCCCAGAUAGAUCAGCUUGCUUCUGCUGCUAAGUCUGCUACUGGUGUUGAAAAUGUUAGUUCGGUGACCACGAGAGGGGGUAAGACCACUCGUGAUCCACCAAACCCAAACCAUUGUAUAGCUAAGACUCCGCAUCAACAAGAACAAAUAUCUGCUGAGCCCGUUGAUCCUCAAGACGAAUCAUCAGAUGAGGAACCGACUCCAGAAGUUUAUGGGGACACCAUGAUGCUUCCUUUCUCCACCAGGUGGAGGAAGAAGAAGAAGGACGGAGAAGAGCAAUUUCUCUGCUUCGUGGAAAUGGUCGAGAAGACAAACGUCAGCGUCCCGCUGAUGGAUGUCUUGCACAUACCAUCCUAUGCUAAGUUUAUCAAGGAUAUCAUCAACAACAAGCAGCCAUUACCCUCCGCAGAAGUCGUCAAGCUGACAGAAGAGUGUAGCGCAGCUAUACUCAACCAUCUACCUGAGAAGAAGCAAGAUCCUGGGUGCCCCACAAUUACAUGCUCAAUAGGCACCCAACAUUUUGUUCAUGCCUUAUGUGAUCUUGGGGCGAGUGUGAGCGUCAUACCGAAAUCAGUCUUUGAUAGGCUAAACUUCACCAACUUGGAACCAACCAACCUGACACUCCAGUUAGCGGACUCGUCAGUUCGGUACCCAGCAGGGAUUGCCCAAGACAUCCCUGUCAAGAUCCGAGGAUAUUACGUCCCCGUGGAUUUUGUGGUGUUAAAUAUGGAACUCACCAAAUAG